CACCACCUUUGACAGCAUUCUCAUUUACUAGCAGCGGUUACUGUUUCACCUUUGAUUUUCGCUCCAACCUCUCAAAACUGGCACUCUUAAACGAAGAUUCAUAGCAAAUCGCCCCGUAGGGCACGAAAUCAUGGACAAUCGUAACAACUUGCAACGCGAACAUAUCCGUCGAGGCUUCUCCAUUAGUCACCAAAAAGUGGUCUUGGAGAUUGAUUUCGCGGGCAGUUUAUGGGGAUACACAGAGAUAACAAUUGUUCCGACAAGUGGCGAUUUGAAGACGAUUCAUCUGCACUGUCGUCAAUCCACUAUUCACUCCGUCCACGUUGCAUCCCACGAAGCCGAAUUCGUUCACUUCGACCCUCUAACGAAUAUCACAGUUGGGCCUCCGAACGAUUUACCCGACAUUCAUCGCCAUCCAGAACUCAAACGCAAGGUUUACUCCGCCCUGCAGGAAGGCGACGAGGGAGAGUUGUCAAUUGCUAUCCCGAAGGAGGUGUAUUUGAAGGCUACUGGAACGUUUGGAACUGCACACAGUGAAUAUGCCACACCUGAGCCUCAAACGCCAGGACCACAAUCCCAACCUGGUCAUGUUGUAACAGAAUUUUCACCGAUAGUCGUGAAAAUCAUGUACAGUCUCCGUAAUCCUGUUGAUGGACUUGAGUUCGUGUCAGCCACAGAAACCCAGCCCUACCGUGUUCCUCAUAUGUAUACUACACCAUCUUGUCCCGAUGCUGCUCGCUGCUGGGUCCCGUGCGUAGACAGCCUUUGGGAGAAGUGCACUUGGGAGUUCGAAUUCGUGGUUCCCCGAUAUUUGGAAGAACACGAGAGUUACGAAGAUGAUCCUAGCGACCUCAGCCCCACGGUAGUUGUCUGUAGCGGAGAGCUGGUGGAACAGGUGGCACAUCCCUAUAAUUCGAACAAAACCAUCUUCCUAUUCUCACAAGCCGUUCUGACUUCCGUGCAACAUGUUGCUUUUACUGCUGGCCCAUUUCACCUUCAUCAAAUUCCUCCUGAUAUGAAUGCCGAUGAUGCACCUGCCGGAACGUCGCAACCACUCAUAUACGCAUUCUGCUUACCGGGCCAAGAAUCCAUGCUACCUGCUUCGACUAGUGCUCUUCGCCCCGCUAUGAGCUUCUACACCACGGAAUUUGGAUCCUAUCCGUUCGGCUCGUAUAAAGUUGUCUUUAUCGAAGAACUUCCCACGCAACGUUUUGACAGUGCAACACUAGCGCUUAUAUCUGUGGACCUGCUGCAUGGAGACGACGCUAUCGAGCUCGCAAUAGAAACACGACAUAACUUAAGCCAUGCACUUGCUUGCCAAUGGUCUGGGAUCCACAUCCAGCCCAAAAGCUGGUCAGAUCUAUGGCUUGUCAAUGGUUUAUCCGGCUACAUUUCCGGCCUUUUUUUACGGAAGCUGUUUGGGAACAACGAGUACCGGUUUCGCCUGAAGAGGGAUAUGCAACGUGUACUUGAGUGGGAUAAUGGUGGAAUGCCCCCGAUUUGUCAACCUCAGCACUACGACCCUCCGGAUUCAAGUGUCCUUCCCUUCAUCAACGUCAAAGCGCCAUUAGUUCUUCAUAUACUUGACCGACGAUUAGGGAAAUCGGGAACCUCGCUUGGCCUAAGUCGAGUACUCCCUAAACUGUUCCUCUCAGCCAUCAGUGGAGAAAUGCAGAACAAUUGCCUGGCAACGCAUAGCUUUCUCAGGAUGUGUAGGAAAGUCAGCGGAGUCGAUCCAAGAAGUUUUGCGGAACAGUGGAUAUAUGGCAGCGGAUGUCCUGCUUUCGGUAUCUCCGCCUCCUUCAACCGGAAGAAGAUGGCAGUGGAAAUUACGAUGCGACAGGAGUCUCCGGCGUAUGUCGUACAUGAGCACAACGAAUUUGCUAAGGUCCUAAUGAAGCCCGUACAAUUUUUUGAGGGCACCAUGACCAUUCGAAUACAUGAAGCUGAUGGGACACCUUAUGAACAUGUCCUCGAUAUUAGAACCCCUUUCAAGAGGUACGAUGUACCGUUCAAUACUAAGUACAAGCGUGUUCGGCGGAAUACCAAACGGUAUCUUGCACGCCAGGCUGCUGCGCAAGCAGCGGCUGAAGGCGAUACUGAAGCAGCUGAAGCAAUGGGAAUGGUAGAUAUGGGAUUUGGUUUGGAGGUUUGGGAGAAGGAACAGGAGCGAGAGAAUUGGAAAGUCGCUGAUUGGACCGAAGAAGAUGAGGCUGUUAUGAGCGGUGCUACUUACGAGUGGAUUCGAAUGGACGCAGAUUUCGAGUGGAUAGCCAAUGUGAAGUUUGAACAACCAGAUUUCAUGUGGGUAUCUCAGUUGCAGAGGGACAGAGACGUCGUUGCUCAGCUCGAGGCUGUAAACGCUCUCGCGCGCCAACCCACAGCCAUCGUGUCGAGUACACUCACGAAGACUGUUCUCGUUUCGAACUACCACUACCGAAUAAGGGCUGAAGCGGCGCUUGCACUGGUCAACUGUGCAAUCCGUCGUCUGGAUUUCCUUGGCCUGUUCCACCUGUUCAAGUUAUUCUUGCGAUACUGUUAUGACCCAGAGGACCCUAACCAGGAUUUGUUCUCGCACACCUACGUACCAAAGCCGAAUGAUUUCUCAGAUCUGUCGGAGUAUUUCGUGAGAAUGAGUCUUGUGACGGCAAUCUCGAGGAUACGCUUCGAAAAUGGGAAGUCACCCUCGGUUGUACGACAAUUCCUAACAGAUCAGCUUCGGUAUAACGACAAUACUGCGAAUCCAUACUCGGACGCAUUCUAUAUCUGCACCAUUAUUUCUGCAGCUGCAUCAGCUUCUCUAUCUACAGCAGCGCCGGAACGUGGGGAAUUACUCCCCACAGAAGUACGCACCGAACACAACGCCGAAGAUCAAGAGUUGUUGAAGUUAACUCUAGCUGAAGUCGAUCGGUAUCGAAGUAUGGACAGGCUGAUUCCCUCGAUUCACAACAUAGUCACCGUGGCUGCAUUGGAGUUCUACAUGGUUCUCGGCGUGGCCAAUCUGAUACCUAACAGUUCAAGGGUCUUCUUCCCGCUUACAAGGGAAGGGAACUACGUGCCUGUCCGGCUCGCUGCCUUCGACGGUUUAUUCCUUACGAAGUGGUACGCUCCUGCUAUUAUGCGAUACGUCCUUUCCGUUAUCGCCAAUGAUCCUUCUCGAAUCGUGCGCCGAACUGUUGCAAGGAACGCUUGUCAAAGCUUGGCACUUCUGGUGCAGAUGGGAGAGAUGAAAUCAACGUCGAAAGAUAUGGAAUCCUUACUCAUUGAGGAGGAUGGGUCUCAUCCAGAGAGGUCCAAAGAGUCCAAAAAGACGGAGUUGGAUGCCAUGAUCAAGGUAUUACGGAAGGACCGGGAAGUUGGUAAGAACGAGGUCCUCAGAGAGUUUAUUAUGCCCAUCGCACUAGCGCCAAGCGUGGACUUUGAAGUCCGGUGGUGUGUCUUGAAACUCGCCGACCUCCUCAUUAGACCUGUUGAGGAAACUCCCCCGACGAUCCGUCUCCACAUUCCUCCUACCCCAGUCACCGAAACUGCCCCCCAAUUACCGUCAGCCAAGAUUGCUGUCAAGCCACCCAGGCCGAUGGUUAAAGCCGGGGCUCCCCCGGCGAAGGGCUCUCUUCCUAUCACCGUUCCACCGAAGUUGAAAAUCUCCAACAGUUCCGCUAAUAGUCCUCGCGUGUCCCUAUCUGUGAACAACACACCGAAAACCAAUCAUCCUUCACUUCCUGUGAUUGAACCUGCCCAAGUGGUGCCUGGGGUGGCACCGAAAGUCAAACCCAAAGGCCGGCCACCGAAAGCAACAAACGGGACUGACCGGCCUGUUCAUACUCCGAAAGCGCAAAAGGGAGGGAUGGAUAUCGUGGACCUGCGAGUAUGCCGGAGCGCUUUGAAAAAGCUUAAGGUGCAUAAGCAUGCUCGAUGGUUUCUUCAGCCUGUUGAUCCAAUACGAGAUCAAGCACCGAAUUACUUCGAUGUCAUCAAAAAGCCCAUGGACUUGUCCACAUUAGGAGCACAGCUGGAGGCGGGAAAGUAUAAAGAUCGCUUUGCAUUUGAGGCAGAUUUCAAGCUCAUGAUAAAAAAUGCUAAAACCUAUAACGUGGUCGGGAGCCAUGUGCAUAACGAAGCCAUCAAUUUCGAAACAUUUUUCGAGAAACAAUGGACCAUUAUCAACAAAACCAUCGAGUCUAGAAAUGCCGCGGCCCCGCCACCAGUCAAGCCUGCCAAAGUCUUGCCACCCGUUCCGAAGGCGAGGUUUUCUCCAGUUCCCGCCGCGAGUGCACCAUCUGCUCCUCCAGCGCCUCGGCCGGUAAUCAAACUCAAGGUUGGAGGUGCGAGUCAGGCCCCUGCCCCAACAGCCCCGCCCCCUAAGCCACCGAAACCUCGGGGGGUAAAGAAGCCAAAAGACGUUGCGGAAAAAGUAUCUUCCCCUAUUCCGGAUGUUGAUGCACCACCACCUCCGUAUGUUGAUGAUGGUUCCCACGACCUAUAUCAAGAGGUUCUGGCCAUUGAGGAGGAGAAGAGCAGACAGCGCGCAACGCAGGACAAGGUCGUUGUGAACGGCAGCUCGAGCAAGCGUAAGAGAGUAGAAACCGCUACUGAUGAAGACGAGAUUCUUGAACUGGUUACUCCCUCAAAGAAAGAUAAACCCAAUCGCUCUAAUUCCUCAACCCAUCGCCCUAUCAUCCCCACGCCAAAGACUUCGUCUGCACCUCCAAAGGCUCGAAAAGGGUCCACCCCUCUUGCAGGCAUUCCACCUGUCGACUCGCAGCGGCAGUCCGUUAAAGGCAAGGAAAGGGAGGCCACACCGAUGAAUGUUAAUUCAUCCAGUUCAAGAUCGAAGAAUUCGCCGGCAGCCAAAGCUUCUUCCGUCAAUGAGAAGAAGUGCAAAGAUCUCUUGAAAACUCUACUCAAAGUUGAAGGAGCGGUCAUAUUUGCGCGUCCCGUUGAUCCUGUAGCUGAUGGAUGUCCUACCUAUCUCGAUGAGAUCAGUCACCCGAUGGACUUCGGCACGAUGUUGUCCAAUGUCUCUAGUGGCCAUUACACUACACUGGAACAAUUCCGUCAGGAUGUCGAGCUUGUUUUGAGCAAUUGCCGACAGUUCAACCCUCCUGGUACUUUUCCUUUUCUCGUUGCGGACAAUGUCGAAAAGGUUUUUAAGAAAGAAUGGUCGAAGGUGGUAGAACGCAGAAUGCCGUAUACAGACAAGCGCGCCCUACAGGGAAUCAUGACUAUCAUAGUCAAAGAGCCAGUGUCAUGGGUUUUCCGAGAACCUGUCGAUCCAGAACUGUUAGGGAUCCCAACCUACUUCGAUGUAAUCCCGCGCAAGAACGCCCGUGAUCUUUCCACCAUCAGACAGAAGCUGGACUCGGAUGUAUACGGGACAGCAGAGGCGUUCGAAGCGGAUAUUGACCUCAUGAUUCAGAAUGCAAUCACCUUCAAUGGUGCAGAUUCAGAGGUUGGACAAGUGGCAGUAGCUCUGGCCGAUAGAUUCGAGGUUUUACUGUCUAGCUGGAGAUCGGGAAGCACAAAGAAGAGAAAGGAGGGGGAGAAGCAUAAUGGCCAACCUUCUAAGAAGAUGAAAUUAACAUGA